UUUGACACCACCCAUGUGUGGUCAGGCUGAGCAGCUAGCAAGGGAGAUGUUUGAAUUGUCAACUUUACAGUUGGAUAUUUUUGGGGAUUGUAAGGUUUAGCACUCAUGGUUUGGUAGGUUGUUGACUCAGAAUGGCGAACAAAGUACUUUACUCGCUCAGAGAUCCGGUCUCUAAGAAGAGGGAUGAUUUCGAGGACAUCCUUGAGGAAAGAAGGAACUCCAGUGAUCUGAGAUACGCUCUCAAGUGCUACACGCCUGCGGUGUAUAGAAACCUGGUUCCCUGUACAGCCAGCAUGCUGAAAAACCUCGUCCUCGAGUCCGAUGCCCUGCGAUACGUCAUCAACCAGGUGUCGGUGGAGAGCGGCGAGUCUCGAGAGGCCGUCCAAGAGGAGGCGUCUCAGGUGCUGGAGGAGAUGGCUCACCGCUUGCAGCUCAGCACCAUCCGCUUCUUCGCCUUCACGCUCAGCAAAGCCUUCAAAGCGCUUUAUCGCAGCGUACGGGUCAACGAGGAGGGCGUCCAGAGACUCCAGCAGGCCAUUCAGGAGCAUCCGGUGGUGCUUCUGCCCAGUCACCGCAGCUACAUGGACUUCCUGAUGAUGUCCUACCUGCUGUUCACCUACGAUCUGGCUCUACCCGUCAUCGCUGCAGGAAUGGAUUUUAUGAGCAUGAAGUUUGUUGGAGAGAUGUUGCGCAUGUCAGGAGCGUUUUUUAUCCGUCGUUCAUUUGGAGGAGAUAAACUCUACUGGGCUGUGUUCUCUGAAUAUGUGAAGACCAUACUGAGGAACGGGUACGCGCCAGUCGAGUUCUUCCUCGAAGGGACCAGGAGCCGAACGGCAAAAUCGCUCACCCCGAAGACAGGUCUGCUGAAUAUAGUCAUGGAGCCGUUUUUUAAAGGCGAAGUCUUCGAUGUGAACUUGGUUCCUGUGAGUAUAAGCUAUGAGCGAAUUCUAGAAGAGUCUCUGUAUGCACGUGAGCUGCUCGGAGUACCCAAACCCAAAGAGUCCACGUCUGGUCUGUUGAAGGCCAGGCGGAUCCUCAGUGAGGACUUUGGUACUAUGCACGUGUACUUCGGCGCUCCGGUGUCUGUGCGUAGCCUGGCGCAGGGCCACAUCAGCCGCUCCCAGUACAACCUGGUGCCCAGACACGUCCCCCAGAGGCCGGUGGCGGACACUCAGGCGUUUGUGAAUGACGUAGCGUUUCACCUGGUGCGGCUGCAGGAGGAGAACAUGGUGCUGAAGCCGUGGGCGCUGAUCUCCACACUGCUCCUUCAGAACCCCGACGGCGUGGAGCUGUCCGCUCUCGCCCAGCAGGCAGACUGGCUCCGGCACCUCGCACUCAGCUUCGGGGCCUUCCUGGACUGGCCAGAUGGGGAGCCGUGCAGUAAGGUGAUAAGCUCCAGCCUGACCAUACACAGAAACUUGGCGCGUGUGUCUGAGGGACUUGUGCGCCUGGUCGUUCCUGAGGCGUCGGGGGCGGAGCUGAGUGCAGAAGAGGUGGAGUUUCACCGAGCGGUCAGCGUGCUGUCCUGCGCGUCCUACAGGAAUCAGUCGCUGCAUGUGUUCGUGAGGCCGGCUCUCCUCGCCGUGGCCAUGCAAACCGCAAACUCCAACAGGAGAGACGAGCUCUACAACAGCUUUAACAUCCUGCGGAACAUAUUCUCCAAUGAGUUCAUCCUCUGCCCCGGAGCCUCAGUGCAGGACUUCGAGGAGGCAUGUUGCUUGCUGGUGAAGUGCGGCGCAGUCCAGGAGCUGAAACAAGAGGUCGUGAUGUCAUCGAGCGGACAGACGACACUGUCCUUCCUGUGUUCGCUGCUGGAGCCGUUCCUGCACGGCUACCAGGUGGUGUGUAGGUGUCUGUGUGAGGACCCGCAGGAGGAUCUUCCCGAGAAGAACUUUGUUCCUGCCGUGAGGAACUUUGCUCUCCAGCUCAUCCUAGCAGGAAGUCUGAGGUAUUACGAAGCCUUGUCGUCCGAUUUGCAGAAAAACGCUCUGGCUGCACUGAUACGGCUGAACGCUGUCAAGCAGGUCAAAACUGGCGAUCGGGUGUUGCUAAAGAUCAACAAGAUGGCCGUGAACUCGUUGGAGGACGCGCUGGGGGGUAACAUUCCCACCCAGAAGCCUGUCCUCGCUCGGCUGUAAGCGCACACACACACACACACACACACACACACACACACACACACACACACACUCCUCUUGAUGUGUGCCUCAACUGCCUUCAUUAGCAUAAUUGUUUGCGUCAAGGCUUUACCAACUACAAGGACUGUUUGUCAUCGAGCUUUAAGGAGCCGUAACCAUCUGGGACACGCUCUCUCCACACACACACACACACACACACACACACACACACACAAACACACACACACACACACACACAGUCUCAGUGUUAGUAUCCUGCUGUGUGAUCAAUGCUUCAGUUUUUAACUGCUUUGAACUUUCAUCUUCAGCCAUUAUUCUUUCUGGUCUCACCAAAUGGACUCAGUUACUCUUCUGUCUUUUUUUUUUUUUUUUUUCCUUAUGAUUGAUUUUUUAAAAAGAAUGUUUGCCCAUUUUAUUUAUGUUGUUUGUUUGUUUGUUUGUUUUUUUUUGCACACAUAUAAAUCCAGUGUUUUUAUUUAAUGAAUUUUUAAAAUUUUUUUUCUGCUUGACCGGAAUCAGGUGCUCGUAUUUUGUGUCUUGAUAAAACGCCGCCAUGAAAAGGCGGACCGUCGUUUUCCAGAGGAGAAUAUGCAGACAACCUAAAAGAAAGAAAGAAAUUUUAUCCAAAAGAAACUACCACAUUAUUUGUCUGUCGUUAAGCUAGUUUAUACAGUCGGUAAGAUGUUUGGUUUAAUGUCCUUGAUAUACUGUGGGUUCUGUUUUCUUAUUUUGUAAGAAUUGAGUUAGGAGAGAUAUCUGGUUAACGUUUAGAUUUUUGGUUCAUUUUAACUUUAGUCUAGGAUAUCCAUCCUUCCAUCCAUUUUCUGUACCACUUAUCCUACACAGGGUUGCGGGGGAGCCUCGAGUCUAUCCCAGAGGACUCGGGGCACAAGGCGGGGACACCCUGGAUGGGGAUAAACCCAUCGCAAGGCACUGGUCUAGGAUAUUUUCCACAAAAUGUGGAUUUAGUCUGCGAUAUGCAGUUUAAGCAACUACAACAAGUUUGGAUUUGGUCUGGGAUAUCUGGCUAAAGUUUGGAUUUGGUCUGGGAUAUCCGGCUAAAGUUUGGGUUUGGUCUGGGAUAUCUGGCUAAAGUUUGGGUUUGGUCUGGGAUAUCUGGCUAAAGUUUGGGUUUGGUCUGGGAUAUCUGGCUAAAGUUUGGAUUUGGUCUGGGAUAUCCGGCUAAAGUUUGGAUUUGGUCUGGGAUAUCCGGCUAAAGUUUGGGUUUGGUCUGGGAUAUCCGGCUAAAGUUUGGGUUUGGUCUGGGAUAUCCGGCUAAAGUUUGGGUUUGGUCUGGGAUAUCCGGCUAAAGUUUGGGUUUGGUCUGGGAUAUCCGGCUAAAGUUUGGAUUUGGUCUGGGAUAUCCGGCUAAAGUUUGGGUUUGGUCUGGGAUAUCCGGCUAAAGUUUGGGUUUGGUCUGGGAUAUCCGGCUAAAGUUUGGAUUUGGUCUGGGAUAUACGGCUAAAGUUUGGAUUUGGUCUGGGAUAUCCGGCUAAAGUUUGGAUUUGGUUUGAUAUAUCAUGCCAAGGUUUGGAUUUGGUCAGAAGUGCCUGAUUUAUACUUGGUCUGGUAUAUCGGACUAAAAGUUUGGGGUUUUCUCUGGGAAUUUGGUGGGGGAAAAAAUGGUUAACUUGGAUUUGGUAUGGGGUAUCUGAUUACUUACGGUUUGUGGUUUUUAUCUGUGUACGUCGGACUCUAAUUGUUAGUUAUGUCAAUUCUAUACUCACGUAUACACCCAUGUUUACAGUGUGUUUUAGCCAUAGUUCAGUUUCUCUCCAUGUUAAAGUUCAGCCAUAUGGCAAGAAAACCACAUCCCAAAACUAAGCAAUUUUUUUUUUAUGUAAUAUUUAUAUACAAUAUAUUUCACAUAAUAUUCCAAACAUAUCAUAAAGUGCCAACAAAGCAGUAAAACAUCUCAUGAAAAGCUAUGCAUCAAAUACACAACAGACUCGUUUCUCGUGACAUAAUUUACGGCGAUAUUGAUGGCGUACCGUCACCGUAAAAUCAAGUGUUUCAUCUUUAUAUAGCAGAGCUGUUGCUCUCAUACUGUGACUCGCGGAAUCUGCGGAUAUCGGUGAGCUUUUCAUUUUAUAGAAACGUGUUGAUAAAAGAGGAAUCAUUGAUGCACCCAAUUCAUACCUAUCAUCAUAAAAAAAUAUUAUUAAGCACGUCAUAAGCACAUCGUGGCAGAUCAAAGCAGAAAGGAGAUGAUGUCAUAAAAAUGGUAGUUGUUUGUUGCGGACUAUAUGUGAGCCAUUCUGCACCGAAAUAUUACUUAAAAAAAAAAAAAAACACUCAGACAAUGUCUUCAGAUGCUACUGACUACUGAUUAGACCACCUUCACAGAUUUUAACCUUUGACCUGUGUCUUACAGUUGUCUUGAAGUACAUAACGUUUGUCAUAAAACAUAUGCUAGCUAGAGUGCACUUAGCAUAUGUUCACAUGCUAGUCAUCGCUAACAGUGUUUUGGUUGAGUUUUAUAGUGCAGAGUUCAGGUUAUGUACGUGUGAUUUUUGUAUAAUUAACAACUGUACAGCUGAUUGAACAAAAAAAAAUAGAAAUUCAUUAUUAUUUUUAUUAUUAUUAUAAUGUGCCAAAUGUAUUUUGAAACUCAAUUUACUAAAGUCCACUCAGGGCGUUUGAAAGGUUUUUUUUGUUGUUGUUGUUUUGUUUUAAUUUUAUUUUUUAAAUACUUUGUUGAACAUUUGCUUUAAAACCUGGAUUCUUCUCCAGAGGUCCAUCCAUUACAGACCUACCCACCCAAGUGAACGCUUUUACUUUAGGACACGUCUUCUGAGUUCCUGUUUUUAGGUCCCGCUUUUCUGGGACGAUUCUUUAAUAAAAACCUAUGCUGAAGAGCUGAAGUAAAGCAUGUCUGUAAACCCCAUGAUAUUUCCACCGUAACGUCUUUGCCUACAGCAAACUCUUUUGCCAAAGUCAUUUCCUGUUACUGAGGUUUGUAUGCUUUCGGUUUGCGGUGCGUUCGGAGCAUUAAUGAUUCAGUCUAAUUUCACGGUUUGACAAUGUUUGUCUAAUGAAUAAUGAUUAUAUGGUGUGUGUUUGGUAUUAAAUCUGUAAUGACAAUAAAGUUUGAUAAUCGAGUGUGUAUUCAUGCAGAUUGUGUGUGUUUGCACAUAUAUUUAGGCCUUUGUGAGGACAGGAAAUGGCCAGAGGUCCUCGCAAUGAUAGGAUUGUGUUACAAGUCUUCACAAUCACCAGGUGUGUGUGUGUGUGUGUGAACACAUAUUUAG